GGGAACUAGAGACAGGAGGAGGACCGAAACACACACCAGCGCGCACACAGGCAGAGAUCGGGACGUUUAAACAUGUUUUAGCUUUCCUUUAAUCCGCAGCGUAGGUGCGGGGAGGCGGUAUCGGGGCGGCAGCAGUAGCAUUAGCUGCUGACAGCAGGUUAUUACAGCAGCAGACUGUAUUAACUCAUGUGCCUGUGCCACAGUAAUAAGAGCACUGCGGCUGUGGAUCUGGACUCACGCUGCUCCUACACCCAGUGGUCCACAGGGAAGAAACAUGGAUCCCGUAGCUCUUCUCCGUCCCCAGCAGAAGGGCUAAGAGCAUCCUGAUUCCUCCGCCCUCGUGUAACUCCCUGCCUGCCUCGUCUCGUCAUGGCCAACAGGAGUCCCACCGUGAGCCGGGAAGCACUGGAAUCAGCUCCGGAGACGCCUGAGGCCGGCGCCAGCCUCCAGGUGUUCUGCAAACUGUGCCUCAGCGAGCAGCCAUCGACAGCUACCACAGAACUGCAGAGCUGCAAGUGCAUCUACUGCACAGCGUGUUUGCAGCAGUAUGUUCAGCUGGCCAUAAUGGAGGGUGGUGGGGCACCAAUCACCUGCCCCGAUAUGGCGUGCCAAAAGACUGGAGUGCUCCUGGACUCAGAGAUAGCCAGUCUGGCAGCAGCGGAUCAGGUGGAGCUGUUUCUGCGUCUGAAGUUUGAGAGAGGAGUGAAGCUGGACCCCAGUAAAGCCUGGUGCCCGGUGCUUGAAUGUCAGGCAGUGUGCAGCGUGCAGCCGAGCACCGAGGGCCAACCCGCCGCUGUCCCCUGCCCUACCUGCCGCGCCAUCUUCUGUUCUGGGUGCAGAGGGCCCUGGCAGGAUGGUCAUGCUUGCCCCGAGCAGCAGCCCAUGAUGACGCCUUCUCAUGAAAGCAGGGCGCGCUCAGACAGCGACUCUGACAUGCCCAUCAAACAGUGUCCCAUGUGUGGUAUCUACAUCGAGAGAAACCAGGGCUGCGCACAGAUGCUGUGUAAGAGCUGCAAACACACCUUCUGCUGGUACUGUCUGCAGAAUCUGGAUGGUGAUAUCUUCCUGAGACAUUAUGAUAAGGGUCCAUGCAGAAACAAGCUGGGACACUCCAGGGCCUCAGUUAUGUGGAACAGAACGCAGGUGGUGGGUAUCCUGGUGGGGGUCAGUAUCAUUGUGCUGGUCACAUCACCUCUCCUCCUGCUAGCCUCGCCCUGCAUCCUGUGCUGUGUCUGCAAGCCCUGCAAAGGGGAUAAGAAGAAGAAGAAGAAGAAGAGGAAGAAGAACCUCAGCCAGUCGGACGCCUCCACUUCAUAGCAGCUCCCCGCUUUCAUCUGUCUGCCUAGGAUCACUCUGCUAACCUCAUGAUUGCCAAGGAAAGUUCAAGCGCUGCAUGAUGGGAAUAAAACAAACUCAUUAAACAAUGGAAUACCUUUCUUUCUUUUUUUCCAUUUCUGGAAGCUCUCUAAGUGACUGGAUCAUCUGGACUUUCACCUUAAGCUUCAGUGAGAGGGCUGCUCAAAAAUCACUCUUGAACCACAAGAGUACAUACUUUUAGUGGUGAUGUGUAAAUAUGUGGAUAAUGAAUGUAAGUCACUUGCCUAGCCAGUUUUUAGAGGCACAACAAGAUAGUUAUGAUACAGCAGUGGGUGUGAGAGUAUUCCUGGACAGGGCUUUCUUUCUCUCUCUAACACACCCACACUAACACAUACAUGCAGUUCAAAGUGCAAAGCCACCCUCAUGUGCCAAAUGUCAUGAAGCCAAACCAGAAAUGUUAGGCGCUCAAGUGCCUCGCUCUAUAGUGCCUGGUGCUUGGUUCGAUUUGCUUUGCCUUCCAUUCUGUCUUAUGCAAAUAAUUUUAGCAUUAUGGAAAUGGACAGGAUGCCACACGGUUAUAAACCCCUCAGUGAUGCAAAACAUUCUUUCAUAAUAGGUGAAGGCAGUUGGAACCAUGUGUGCACUGUAUAAUCUGUACUGAUAUGAAACACGAUAGGGCUUCAAUGGUGCACAGAGAGAACUCUUCUUCUGCAAAUGCUUGUUGUUUCCACCUGGUGUAUGUUCCAGACCAAAGGCCUAAAGAGGACAGUGUGUACUUUUCUAAAGUGUGUUAAUAUGUAUUUAUGGGGUGUGUGUGUGUAUGGUAUCAUUUCUACAUUUGUUUUGAUGUUUCUGCAUCAGAUAUUUUAUAAAAGCGCCAUUGUAAAUGGAAAAUAAACUUAAUGAAUUGAACAUGCAUUGGAUAGAGCCUUUGACAUUCAUCAUUAGUUCACUUUCGUAAAGAAAGAUAUGAGGAGAGAGCAUACAGAACAUGUACAGUGGGGGGAAAUAAUUAUUUGAUCCCCUGCUGAAUUUGUAAGUUUUCUCACAUGUCACUGAGUGAAACAAGUGUUUGAUCUCCGAGCAAAACAUGACUUAGUACUCGGUGGAGAAACUCUUGUUGGCGAGCACAGCAGUAAGACAUGUUUUCUUGUUGGUCACCAGGUCUGCACGCCUCUCAGGAGGGAUCCUGGCCCACUCCUCUUUACAGAAACUCUCUAAAUCUUCAGGUUUCUCGGCUGCUGCUUGGCGACUUGAAGCUUCAGCUCCCUUCACAGAUUUUUCUAUAGUAUUGAGGUCUGAGACUGGCUAGGCCACUCCGUGACCUUAAUGUGCCACUCCUUUUUUUUGCCUUGUUGGUACGUUUUGGCUGAUUGUCGUUCUGGGAGACACACCCAUGACCCAUCUUCAGUGUUCUGGCUGAGUGAAGGAGGUUCUUGUCCAAGAUUUUAUGGUACAUGAUCCCAUUCAUUGGCCCCUAAAUGCUGUGAAGUCGUCCUGUACCCUUAGCAGAAAAACAGCUCCAAAGCAUCAUGUUUCCACCUCUGUGCAUGACUGUAGAGAUGGUGUUCUUUGGGUCAUACUCAGCAUUUCUCUUCUUCCAAACACAGCAGGUCAAGUUGAUGAUGAUUUUGGUUUCAUGUGACCACAGCACUUUCUCCAGAGCCUUCUCUGAAUCAUUUAGAUCUUCACUGUCAAACUUAAGACGGGCCUGUACAUGUGCCUUCUUGAGCAGGGGAACCUUGCAGGUGCUGCAAGAUUUCAAUCCAUUACUGUGUUCUUGGUGACUGUGGACCCAACUGCCUUCAGAUCAUUAAGAAGCUCCUCCCAUGUAGUUUUGUGCUGAUCCUCACCCCAUGAGGAAAGAUCUUGCAUGGAGCUGCAGACUGAGGGCGACUGAUGGUCAUUUUAUAUGAUAAUAAUCCCACCAACAGUUGUCACCUUCUCACUGAGCUUCUUGCUCAUGGUCUUGUAGCCCAUUCCAGCUUUGUGCAGGUCAACAGUUUUGUCCCUGAUAGCUCUUUGGUCUUGUUCAUGGUGGUGGAGAGAUUGAAAUGGAAGACACGUGAUUCUGUGGACAGGUGUGCUUUAUACACACAACUAGAUUGAUUGAUUGAUUGUAAUCUAUGUGCUACAUGGGCACUCAGCUGAGUUGUAAGGGAUCAAACACUCAUUUCACUCAAUGACAUGCAAAUCAAUUCAUAACUUUAAUGUAAUGUGUUUUUUUCUGGAUUUUUGGUUGAUAUUCUGUCUCUCCAUUAAAAUGAAACUGUCAUAAAAAUUAGAGCCUGUUAAAAUCAAAUCAAAUAAAUACUUCCCCCAUUGUAACCAUGCUUUGUAUGGGAUGACAGACUAUAGACUGUGUGGUAACGGACCCCAAUCAGCCGUGACCUUAAAAAUUGGGUAUGUGUCAAAGUACCAACCACAUGAAUGCCAUGACUCAAAGUUUCCCAGCAGAACACUGUAUUGUAAGAUGAUGUAAGUUAUUCACUGGACAGGUUAAUGGUA